ACGCUAAGGUCAUAGUUCCGGACAUCCGGAAGCGACGCAGCUUGUACUGUACGUCAGCUGUGGGUUGUUUUUAAACCCCUGGAUGACGUAGAAACAAUAACACACAUAAUGUUGCUGACCAUUCCAACAGAUAUAUAACCGGAAGUCGCACUGUGUCCGAGGAUGCUGUGUCUGGGUGUGAGCGCGGUGAGGUCGUCGGUGUCGCUGCAGAAGCUGUGCGUCCUCUCCCUGCUGCACACUCGACAUCCUUGCUGUCACUGUCCCGGGACGGUUCGCUGCCUCUCCGCGGCCGCACCACCUCCACCUCCUCCACCCACACUAGCUGACUGCUCCUCCGAACCAGCCCCCGGCCACAGUGUCUCCGCUCGGCCCGCCGACCACGGCCCGCCGCCGGCUCCCACACACUGCUGCAUGAGCGGCUGUCACAACUGCGUGUGGAUCGAACACGCCGAGCAGCUGCUGGCGUACUACAGCGACGGAGGCGACCGGGCGCUCGCCGCCAUCGAGGAGAACGUCCUGGACGAGAACCUGAAAACCUACCUGAAGAUGGAGAUUCGACUCCUGAAGAAGACGUAGACUGAACGUAGUGAGCGCUUCUCCUGACACACUCCAGUCACUUUUUGUUCCUCCUCGUAUUUCACGUCCACCUCCGGUAUUUAAGAAAAUACAAAUGAGCCCAAGGCUGACAGGUGAAAGAAGCUGUGGGACAAACAAACAUCCAGCUGUCAUUGUCAUGAGGCACAACAUUUGAACUCAAGUGUAUUUAUGUGUGUUUUCAUUUAAGUAAUUUAUUUGAAAUGUAUAUCUUUAGGAACUGUUUAUUGAAUAAAUAGUAUUUCUAAAAACUUU